AUGUCACAUAAUAAUGAAUAACCUGGAAUAUACUAUCUGGUUACUUGUUUUCAGGACGAAUCAUAAGGUGGGGCUUCCAAUCUAUACUGUUACACGUAUGAUAUGAUUGUUAGGAAUAGGAACAUUUUGGAAAUAUUGUGGGCAUGGAUUAUAUUGAUUUCAGGAUCAAUCGUAUUAUUCAGAAGAUAUUAAAAACAUAAGGAUAUCACUCGAUACAAUCGUAAAUAGAUUAUAGUUUCAAUAAUGGUUAUCAAUAUUUGUGCAUAUUUAACAUAUCAAUGGUCAUAUGAAAGUGCCUUAUUAUAUUUUCCAGAGUAUUACUUCUAAUACAUAUUUUUCUGUUACACCAUCUAUUAUUUUGGGAGAAAGUCAAUAAUUUUGGGAAUGCUGAAUAUGAGAAUGGAUGUUUCAUAUCAAGAUAUUGACCCAAUUAUUUAGCUUAAAUUGUCCAAAUUGUUUUGCAUAGGAUUAUGUUCCUUUUUUACUAUAAUCUUCAUAAUGAAUUACAUCCAAUACUUCUUUGAGGUGAGUACUGAUCAUCCAUAUGACUUAUGUUCUGCCAGCUUUUUUAAUAUAGUGACAACAGUGGGCUUCUUCAUGUAAGGUCUUUUCAUUUUGUAAGUAAAGUAAUUGUCGAGGUAAGUCUCCAAGAAUUUGAGCGCUUAGAAAUUGGAUAAUCCAAUGAUGAAAUUGAAGGAGUAGAUUCAAAAGAAUUAAUCGUCUUUGUGGAUUCUAGUGAUCUUCUGUUUUUUUGGUUCAUUUGCUAAUUUCAUGUAGAAUGUCUAUUUUGUCUCGAUGCUUGCUAAAUAUAAAAACAAGGACGGUUACUUCUCUUGUUGGUAUGUUAAUUUAAAUAGCACAAUUUGGACUAAUGGUAUAAAUGCACUAAUAGGAACAACAAUAAAGUUAUUUGAUUUCUUUUUACCCUACUUUUUAACUAUCAAGAUUUUUUGGUACACUUCAAAAAAGAGUGAAUAACAAUAGUUGGAGACAACUAAUUCUGAUUAAAAUGAGGUCGAAGUUUAUGAAUUGUAACUGCCGAAUAAUUAAUCAUAAUAAGGAUCAUCAUAACACACUUAAGAAGAAUAAUGA